UAGCCAUUCUUUUAUUCUGCAAUAACUCUUUAAAGCAAUUCGUCCAAACACAAACUCUCCAAUCAUCUUUUUUCCCUUCAAAUAAUCCCCCAAAAAAGGCAAGCAAAAAGUUAACAGCUCUUCUCAUUGCUGUGAUGCUAGAGACAUAAACAAGAAAUACCCAUUUUCUCUAAUAGGAUUGAGAUCCUUCUUAGUGAAAUUAUGCUUAGAGGAAGGAGACAAUAACAUGCCCAUUAAGAACUUAAACAGUUAAUACUACAACAUAAACAAUGUUAACUACAGGGUUAUGGGUGUUGGCCUGUUCCCUCUUUUUGCUUGCGAUUAUCGCGCUUAUUUCAUUGUGGCUCUUUUCGAGAAGCAGAAGGAAAUUGAAAUCCUCAGAGCAAGUUAAUGUUUCUCAAGAGUCAGUAUGUGAGGAAUCCACUUGUAAGAAGAUGUCCAUUAAGGAUAUAUAUGCUGCCACAGACAACCUUAGUCCCUUAAACUUUAUUGGCCAGGGAAUUGCAGGAAAGGUGUACAAAGGUGUGCUAGCAAAUGGUUGGCAUGUUGCAGUUAAGCACAUAAUCAAGGACGAAGACGCAGAGACGUUCAUGAGAGAAGUGACUAGCCUCUCGCACGUUAAGCACCCGAAUCUCGUGACGCUGCGAGGCUACUGCGAAGAAGAAGAUGAACGUUUCCUCGUGUACGAGCUGUGCGUCAAUGGCAAUCUAUCGGAGUGGCUAUUCGGGAAGGAUAAAACCCUCUCAUGGGUUCAGCGGCUUCAAAUCGCUCUCGGUAGCGCUUGUGGCCUUUGGUUUCUUCACAUAUAUCCGGGCGGCUGCAUCGUUCAUCGUGAUAUUAAGCCAACCAAUAUCCUUCUUGGAGUCAACUUUGAAGCAAAGUUAUCGGACUUCGGCCUAUCGAAGGUUAUAGACAAGGGUGUGUCUCAUGUUAGCUCCGAGGUCCGAGGAACUUUCGGCUAUGUCGAUCCUGAAUACCGUCAGAACCACCGCGUGAAUGCGGCGGGAGAUGUGUACAGUUUUGGGAUAGUACUCUUGCAGAUCCUUUCAGGUAAGAGGGUGAUCAACAUGAACGUGAGAAGGCCAAUGUCUUUGGAUAAAAUGGCUAAGGUUCUCACCAAAGGAGGCGACAUCUCCGAAUUCGCAGAUCCAAAGCUAAGAGGAGAGUACCCAAUAGAGGCUUUCGAUCUCACCCUCAAGCUUGCGAUCGCAUGCACGGGCCACAAACAGCAGCGGCCGUCGAUGGAGCAGGUCGUCACGACGUUAGAGGAAGCGCUCAAAAUCUCGACGACAGAUCACGAGAGCUACGCAGUUGAGGCGGGAAUCAGAACAGUUCGCAGAGGCGAUCAUGGUAGUGGACUGAUAGCAAGAUUGUUCGUGGUGCAAUCCGGAAUACCAGAUGAGGCUACCAGCUUCCUCUCCUUGAAGCAGUAA